GUUUACCGCGUACAUCUUACGUCACAAUCAUGGCACGGAGCAAAGUGUGGUUGUAUUAAGCAGAGGUAAUAUUGCUGCUACUUAAUGGGGGACUGGUCAACCUUGUGAGUUGGAUAUCAAACGAAAAAUGGAAAAUUCCGCCUUGCCAGGAUAACCUGAACGCACCAUCGAACUCCUUGUUGGAGCAACCACCCGCCCUUCCCCUCCCCUCCUUGUCUGCUAAACGGACCUCAUCAUGGCGGCGAGUGCGAAGCGAAAGCAAGAGGAGAAACACCUGAAGAUGCUGAGGGAAAUGACGAGUUUGCCUGCCAACAGAAAGUGCUUUGACUGCGACCAGCGCGGUCCCACCUAUGCCAACAUGACGGUGGGCUCCUUCGUCUGCACCUCCUGCUCCGGCAUCCUACGGGGUUUAAAUCCACCCAACAGAGUCAAGUCCAUCUCCAUGACAACCUUCACACAACAGGAAAUAGAGUUUCUUCAGAGACACGGUAAUGAGGUAUGUAGACAGAUCUGGCUUGGCCUUUAUGAUGGGAAAACCACCUCAUUGGCGGAUUUUAGAGAACCACAGAAAGCCAAAGAGUUUCUUCAAGAAAAAUAUGAGAAGAAGAGAUGGUAUGUACCUCCUGAACAGGCUAAGGUGGUGGCAUCAGUGCAUGCUUCUGUUUCUGGAUCUUCAAACAGUAGCAACAGCAGUACUCCGGAGGUUAGACCUCUUAAGUCCCUCCUGGGGGACUCGGCCCCUACCCUGCACCUCAACAAGAACACCCCACCUAAUCAGUCUCCCGUGACCAGCCGUGGACAAACGCACCAGCAGCAUGACAAGAAGUUUGACCUCCUCAGUGACCUGGGCGGAGACAUCUUUGCUGGCCCACCAAAAAUGAACGCAGGCGCCGGCUCGGGUUUUGCAAACUUUGCACAUUUCAACAGCCACACAACGGCACAGAAUAGCAACACAAAUGCAGACUUUGCUAAUUUUGAUGCAUUUGGGAGCACCCCUGGGUCGAUGUGUGGGUUCCCCUCAGCACCCCAAGCCCCGUUCCAAGCCUCGAACGCAGGAGGUACCACUAUUCCACCCGGGGUGCCUCAGAACCAUCGAGCGCUUGGACCAGGAGGGGACCGCUACGCUGCUUUAGCUGAGCUGGAUACAGUUUUUGGCCCGCCUGCCCCCUCUAGUGUUUACAAUAACAACAGCAGCAGCACACAAGGGGCUGCUUUUAGCUCCGAACCUGGAGUAUCCACAGCCCAAGCACAACAGGUCCUACCUGGUAUGGCUCAAGGAUUUGGGGCCCAGUCAAGUAAUCCCUUUGUAGCUGCUGGUGUCGCCACAGCACCAGCACCAGCACCAGCCAACCCAUUCCAGAUCAACAGCAGAGUCGCAAGUGUGGCCGCAGCAGCCGCAUUUGGCACAGCGUCCUUGAGCAUGCCUGCUGGAUUUGGCAACGCUGCAGCCUACAACCUCCCCACCAGUUUUAGUGGAACCUUUCAGCAGCCUUUUCCUGGCCAGGGGCCCUUCUCCCAACCGCCGCCGUAUCCCCAGCAAACCAAUGGUGGAGGAUUUUCAGUCUUUGGCCAGGGCAAGCCAGUGGGGACUCCUUUUGGCCAGGCGAUGGCUGCACCUAUGAUGUCCAGCAACCCUUUUUUGGGCGCAGGUCCAACUGCGCAAUAUCCAACAGGAGGUUCCUCAACGAAUCCCUUCUUAUAGCGUUCCAUCCACUUAGCUCUUUUUAAAGGUCGACUGCUGAGGCUUGCAGCUACUUCACUGUUUUGUUUCACAGGUAGCUUUAAAAACACGUUUGCAUGGAGGGUUGACACAGAUUGACGGGUAUGAGGCGACACUGCGUACAGCAGGGGUGUCCAAACCACAGCCAGCCGGUGUUAAUUUUGGCCCGCGAGACUUCAAUAGUUUAAUAAGGAAUCUGUCCCGCAGGGUGCCUCCAACUUAAUUUUAAAUAUCUGACAGUAUAAUUGUUAACACUGUGUUGCCAUCUUGUGGGCAUCGUGCAUAAUUCAGGUUAAUGAAUAUGAAUUGCAUGUUGAAGUGUAAUACAGCACAGCAUUUUUAUAUAUGACCCAAUCUGAGCAACCUUUCCCACUCAUGGCGUAAAUAAAGUAACAGAAAAAGUCAACACACACGGAAAUUAUAAAAAACGUCCUAACACAACACAUAAUUAAAGUUUACACCUAUUUAAAUCCCCUGCAAUGCAUGUUGGAAAUAAUGCAAAACAGUCUCUCCCCACUUAGCCAUGUUUGCCGCCUUUUAGCUGCUUGAUAUUUCUGAUUGAUUACAAAACUUAAAGGAGGUCCCCACGGAAGUAAACAAGGUAGGAGUCGACUUUCACAUACUCUUCAUAUCCGACCAUAUUCAUUAUUUACAUUAAUAUAAU